AUUAAUCUCAAAGUGGGUUUCUCGUCAUCGAAGAUAGACCUUAGUUUGAAAACAGCGCCAUAGUCGGGGUGCGCGCAUACUUUCAGAUAUGGCCGACAGACCUGAAAAUGCUCCGGGAGAAUGCCCUGGCACCCAGAGUGAAGCUGCAGGGAAGGCUACACCUUGUCAAGGGUGCCCAAAUCAACAGAUCUGUGCAUCAGGUCAAGCAAAAGGACCAGACCCAGAUAUAGAAAUAGUGAAGCAUAAAUUAUUGUCUGUUCAACACAUCAUCCUGAUUCUUUCUGGAAAAGGAGGAGUAGGAAAGAGUACUGUUACAUCUGGUUUAGCCCAUGCCUUUGCUGCUGACAAUGUGCAAAAUGUAGGUCUGCUUGAUAUUGAUAUCUGUGGACCAUCCAUUCCCAGAAUUAUGGGACUAGAGGGAGAACAGGUUCAUCAGAGUGGUUCAGGAUGGUCUCCUGUUUUUGUUGAAGAGAACUUAGGAGUGAUGUCAGUAGGAUUUCUUUUAGCAAGUCCUGAUGAUGCUGUCAUUUGGAGAGGACCAAAAAAGAAUGGUUUGAUCAAGCAGUUUUUAAGAGAUGUGGACUGGGGAGAGUUGAAUUACCUACUGAUAGAUACACCACCUGGUACAUCUGAUGAACACUUGUCCAUAGCUCAAUACUUGAAAGGAUCUAAUGUUGAUGGUGCUGUGAUUGUCACCACUCCACAAGAGAUUUCAUUACUUGAUGUCAGAAAAGAAAUAAAUUUCUGCCAGAAAGUUGGCAUUCCAAUAAUAGGAGUCAUUGAAAAUAUGAGUGGAUUUGUAUGCCCAAAAUGUAAGACAGAGUCCCAAAUCUUCCCUCCUACAACGGGAGGAGCAGAUAAAAUGGCAGCUGACUUGAAUGUUCCAUUUCUUGGUAAAAUUCCAUUGGAUCCUCAAAUAGGUAAAUGUUGUGAUGAAGGAAAGUCAUUUCUUAGGGAAGUUCCGGACUCUCCUGCAGCCAAAGCAUACCAUAUGGUAUAUAAAAAGAUAGUGGACUCUACCAAAGGUGAAAUAAUGGACACCAGUUAAAUGUCACUAGAAAGCACCUGAUCUGUUGUGUAUCAUAUUCGGAAAUCCUUAUCAUGAUUGUUUAGAUUUACAAAUUGUUUUGUACUUCAAUUUAUAAUUAUAAAUAAACAUAUAGUUCAUUCUAAA